UUGACUUGGACAACCCUAAUAUAACCGACGGUCGGGUAUUCCGCAAUCGCAUAAAUAAGAAAGAAUUUAAUACAUUUACUGCGCAACUAAAGCACAACGAUGGCAGUAGAGCUGUCAUAUCCAUAAAUCGGCAUCCUCUCCACAUAUAGCGUGUCGUCUUCAAGCUCCAUUAUAUGUUCUUUAAUAUGUAAAUAGCAAAUAAUAUUAAUUGUUGCAAAAAUAUGUUGUUGUUUUUGUGCUGUGUGUGUGAGUGAAUGUGUAAGUGCGCCUCUAUCUGUAAGUGCAUGUGUAUGUGAUAAGUGCAAUACGCAAAAGUAAGAACAGACGGAGAGCAGCAACUAAGCCGCAACACAUCAAAUUGAAGCAGUCAUUUAAAAGAUUAUCUUCUCUUGGCGCCGCCGCCGCUACCCACUGUAAUCCCAGCAGCAGUUGUAGGCAAAUACAGUCUUUGAUUGCAUGACGAAAAUGGAUAACGAGCAGCCACAUCAAGAGUUGGUCAAAUGUGUACUGGUCGGGGAUACUGCGGUAGGUAAGACACGUCUAAUCUGCGCCAGGGCAUGCAAUAAGCACGUGUCGCUAUCCCAAUUGCUAUCAACUCAUGUGCCCACAGUCUGGGCAAUCGAUCAGUAUCGCAUCUACAAAGAUGUUUUGGAGCGUUCGUGGGAAGUUGUGGAUGGUGUUAAUGUAUCUUUACGUCUAUGGGACACAUUCGGUGAUCAUGACAAAGAUAGGCGUUUUGCCUAUGGACGAUCCGAUGUGGUUCUAUUAUGUUUCUCCAUCGCCAGCCCCAUUUCAUUACGCAACUGUAAAAUGAUGUGGUAUCCAGAGAUACGAAGAUUUUGUCCCGAUGUUCCCGUCAUACUUGUUGGAUGUAAGAACGAUUUACGAUAUAUGUAUCGUGAUGAAAAUUAUCUAUCGUAUUUUGGUGAAAAGGGCACAUUUGUUCGCGCCGCUUUGAAGAGCGAUCUUGUGAUGCCCGAUGAGGCGCGUGCUGUGGCCAAGGAACUGGGCGUGGCCUACUAUGAGACCAGUGUCUUUACCUACUUCGGUGUCAAUGAGGUAUUCGAGAAUGCUAUACGCUCGGCAUUGAUUGCACGACGCCAGCAAAGAUUCUGGAUGACCAAUCUGAAAAAGGUUCAAAAGCCAUUACUACAAGCCCCAUUCCGACCACCGAAACCGCCACCGCCGGAGGUUACCGUCAUGGUUGGCAAUUAUCGCCAGGACAUAUACAAUAUGUUCCUCUCGCAAGCCUAUACCGAUCUCAUUCUAGUGGUUGGAGGUGCCAUUAAAUUUGCCGUUCAUAGAUUUAUGCUUGCGGCGGCCUCCAGUAUUUUCCAACGACUAUUAAAUACCGAGCUCAGCGAUAUGGGCGGACGGAGUAGCAGUGAAUCAAGCAUGGUUAGCUCAACAUUUGGUGAGGCGACCAUUGCGGAUUUUAACGAUGACACAGAAUCUCUAAUCCGCUACGAAACACGCACACAACGAAUGUGGGAACAUCUGAAGCGACGCUCCAGCUAUCAGGCUUUGCCGCUUGUGGAGGCCAAACGUUCGAGUGAUCUCUAUAGGGAACUGCAUCAUCCUGUAUUGCAAAGUAUACGAUUAGUCCAAGUGGAAAAUCAACGAGGAGUCAGUGGCUUGCAAACAAUUGUGGCGCUUAGUAAGCUCAUCUCACCACAGGCUUUGCAUCAAUGUCUGAGAUUCAUAUAUACGGGAACCAUUGACAAAGAUUGUAAUAAUCUGCAAGAAAUAAGAGAAGCUGCCGAUUUAUUAGAACUGCCGCAAUUAACUCAGUUACUUUCCAAGCCGCAAAGCAUCAUAGAAAGUCCCAAUGACGAGCCAAAUCCUCACAUUUGUCUUCGCAUCAAAGAGAGUAUGGAACGUCAUUGCAUUGGAGACGGUUGUUUUAGCGAUGUAACCUUUGAGCUAGACGAUGGUCUUAUGAAGGCACAUCGCGCUGUUUUGGUGGGUCGUUGCGAUGUAAUGCGUGCCAUGUUAUUGGGCGAUUUUCGUGAGGCACACUCCAAUGUGAUUGUUUUCCCUGGAGUUACAAUUUAUACAUUCCAUAAGCUACUCUGCUAUCUAUAUACUGACCAGAUUCCGCCAAUUUCGGCUGUGAAAUGCCUUAAUCUGUUGGAGUUGGCCAAUCGACUGUGUCUGCCGCGACUACUCAAUUUGGUUGAGUGUCGUGUCAUUGAAGAUCUCACACUGAUUUCCCAGAACGAAACCAAUGAGACGGUGGAUCAUUGCCUUAAGUUGCUAGAGCCAGUCAAGUUGCACAAUGCCCAUCAGCUGGCCGAAUGGUGCAUGUCGUAUCUAUGCGUCAAUUACAAUAUGAUUUGUAAAUUCUCACUCAAGGGCUUAAAAGCUUUGCAUCAGGAUAAUCAGGAAUAUUUGCGUGAGCACAGAUGGCCGCCUGUCUGGUAUCUAAAGGAUUACGAUUACUAUCAACGAUGCCUAAAUGAGCUAAAUAAGGAGGUUAAGCAAAAGACAUCUCGACGGGAUUCACCAAGCGAUGAUGAAGGUUGCUUAUGCUUUACUGGGGUGUUCUCUUGCUGGCUGUUAGGUAAAUCCAAGCGCACAGGUGGAGCCGUUGGAGCUGGAGGUGGAAGUGCGGGCAAUGCACCAACGGAUAGCACUACGGGCGAUAAUCAAAUCUUUAAUAGCACAGCGAAUUCUAUAAAUCACAUUGAUCUGGAAGCCGAUAUGGAUCUGAAUCUCUGACACCCGGCCUUAGGGCCUGGCAGAUCACUGCGCUUCAUUGUGAUCCUGCCGGUACUGAUCUGUUUUAUCUGUACAAUUUUAAGUAUUUUGAUACUUUUCCAAUUCCACACAUAACAAACCUCAUGGAGGAGGGGCGGAGCACACAGUUGGAAAUGGCGCCGCGUCUGCUUGUGACAAUGCGCAAAAAUUUUGCCUUAGUGAUUACCAUAGAUGAAUCGAUCUAUCUAUAUAUAUAGAUACUAAAUUAGCUGAUUGCCGAACAAGGAAGUAUUUUGCUAAAUUGCUUCUGAUUCUUGAUAUUUACAUAUAUAUAUAUAUAUAUAUAUACCUAUGCCUAAAUCUAAUGCAACACUUUGGUAUAUUAAAUAUAUAUGUAUGUAUGUAUAUACCUAUAAAUGUAUGCAUAUAUGUAUACAUAUAUGCACCGGAAUCGAAUUCCCUCAGACAUUUGGUGUAUAUUAUUAUUAUUAGUAACGUGAACAGAAAAUACCCCUACUAUAUACAUUUGUACUUUUACCUAUAGCCAUGUAUGUAUAUGUAUGUGUAUAUUUUUGAAUUCCAACUUACGGAAACAUUUGUCUAGCCAUUAGCAACUAAGCCAAUAUCUCAUAAGUAACAAUGCAUUUUGUACAAAAAUGAUAUAGAAUACAAACAAAACCAAAAAAAAUAAAAAUCCAAUUAUGAUGACAAAGUACCAACAGAAAAA